AUGGUCAAGACACUUCUCUUCAGAGACAUCGAUGUCCCAGUGCCUGGGUUUGGAGCCAUGGGUAUCUAUCUCCUUCGGCCUGGGUACAAUUUGAGCCUCGAAAAAGCUGAGCCUGUGCUGCUGAAGGCCAUUGAGUUGGGGUGCACCUUUUGGGACACUGCCGUUGUUUACCAAGCAGGUGUCAAUGAGAAGCUCCUGGGUGGAUUCAUCCGCAGGCACAACGUGAGGGACAAGGUCUUCAUUGCAUCAAAGUGCGGCUUUAACUGCUUCGGCGAUGGCAGAGCUCGGCGUCGCCUAUGUGCAUACAGUCCCCUUGGUCACGGCUGGCUCGUCGAUGACUUCCCGUUCAAGAGCCCAGAUGACUUUGCUCCAGACGACUUUCGUCGCACCGUCCCAAAGUUCCAAGGCGAGAACUUCUACAAGAACAAAGCCAUCGUUGACGAGAUCAAGAAAAUCGCCGCUGCCAAAGGCUGCACAUUGAUACAAGUCGCGCUCGCGUGGGUCGCUGCACAAGGCAUGAUUCCGAUUCCUGGGACGACGAAGCCACAUCGACUCGAGGAGAACUUCGCCUCCCGCAGUGUCGAGCUGACCGAGGAAGAGAAGAAGGAGAUGCGAAGAAUUCUUGAGAAUGCCAAGCCUGUUGGUAAUAGGUACUCUGAGAAGGCGCAGGCUAUGUUCGGACACUAG